CGGAAGCACACACACGUGGCUCGUCCUUAACUUAUCGUCAACGUUGUAACUUAAACAAACGUUAUACUUGCCACUAUAAAGCAGUAUAGAGUCGAGCAGUUGUUUCGGCAUGGUCUGGACAAGCAGAAUUUGUUUUCGGAAGUAUGGCAACUUUGUGGACAACAUACGGUUGUAUGUGAGGGGGGGAUGCGGGGGAAUGGGAUUGCCCCGUUUAGGAGGACAAGGUGGAAACGGUGGAGAUGUGUGGGUGAUGGCUAAAAAUGGAGUCACCCUGAAGCAAAUCAAGGACAAGCACCCUAACAAACGAUUUACUGCAGCUGUUGGUUCUAACAGCAGUGUUCAUGCUCUGAGAGGGUCUAAAGGAGAAGAUGCUCAGAUCUUUGCACAAACGGGAAUCUGUGUUACAACAGAUGACGGAAGGAUUAUUGGAGAGCUGAAUAAUGAAGGAGACAGGCUUUUGGUGGCUAGAGGUGGUCAGGGUGGCUCUCUUCACUCUGGGUUCUUGCCCAGUAAAGGUCAGACCAGGCAGAUUCGACUGGACCUCAAACUCAUUGCAGAUGUUGGACUUGUAGGGUUUCCUAAUGCGGGUAAAUCCUCCUUACUGACUGCCUUAUCUCAUGCCAAACCGAAGAUCGCCAGCUACCCCUUUACAACCUUACGACCUGAAAUUGGAAAAAUCAUGUAUGACGACCACAGGCAGGUUUCAGUUGCAGACUUACCAGGACUCAUUGAAGGUGCCCAUGUAAACAAAGGCAUGGGACACAAGUUUCUCAAACAUGUGGAGAGAACCAAGCAGAUGAUGUUUGUGGUUGAUAUCUGUGGGUUUCAGCUAGCUAGUACCACUCCCGUCAGGUCUGCCUUUGAAACCGUGUUACUUCUAACCAAGGAGCUGGAGUUGUAUAAGGAAGAACUAUUAUCCAAGCCAACCAUAUUGGUUAUAAAUAAGAUGGACCUCCCUGAGGCUCAGGACAAGCUCAGAGAACUGCAAGAACAGCUGGAAAACCAGGAAGAAUCACGACAUCGCCUUCCUGAUGAUAUGAAACCAAGAAGCCCAGUGCAUUUUACAAACAUUGUCCCAGUCUCUGCUUCAACUGGCUUUGGACUGUCAGUGCUUAAAUCCUUCAUCCGCCAAUCACUUGAGGAAGAGGAUGUCAUACAAACUGAGAGCCAACGCAGUGAGAGAUUACUCAAAUUGAGAAGGCAGAUUUCUACUCCAUCUUUACCCAGCUGGGGAAACCCUCAUGUGGUCUGAGAUCCAACAUAUAGGAGAACUUGUAUAAAUAAUCUUUAGGUAGUACUGCUAUGAACAUUUGUGUAUUAAAUGUGCAGUGUCAGUGUGUGGGUAUGAAUCCCACAGCUAAUAGAAAUGACAUCAAUUCAGCAGGAAGGACAAAAGCUAGUUUCCCUCGAAAUGUCUGAAUGAUGCAAAUCUUGUUGCUUAAUUGAAACAAUAUUUUUUAUAAUAAAGCUCUCAGCAUCUAUGUGGUUGAGAUUCUCUGUGACUGAGUAUUGAUGGUGUAUAUACAGGUGCUGGUCAUAUAAUUAGAAUAUCAUCAAAAAGUUUAUUUAUUUCACUAAUUCCAUUCAAAAAGUGAAACUUGUAUAUUAUAUUCAUUCAUUACACAUAGACUGAUAUAUUUCAAAUGUUUAUUUCUUUUAAUUUGAUGAUUAUAACUGACAACUAAUGAAAAUCCCAAAUUCAGUAUCUCAGAAAAUUAGAAUAUUACUUAAGACCAAUACAAAGAAAGGAUUUUUAGAAAUCUUGGCCAACUGAAAAGUAUGAACAUGAAUAGUAUGAGCAUGUACUAAAGAUAAUAGUCAGUCAAGGCUGGAGAAAGAAGAUACUUCUGAAAAAGAGUCAGACAUGCACAAAAGCUUAGAGAAUGAAGAAAGUCCAGAAGAACAGAGGACCCAUCAGCAAGGUGAUUUAGUUGUGCAGAGAGACAACUUUUGUAAACCUGAAAUUCCAUGUGAAAAACAUGAGUUUUUACAUGAGUAUUAUAGUUAACAUGGCAUUCACAUGAAAGUGUGCCAAAACCACAAAAAAAUUGAAAUUGUUUUUUUUCUUACGGAAAUACCUGAUAAUGUGACUCGUGUUUAGAUGACUGCUUAAGUUGAUUUUUGGAUAUCUUGUUUGUCGGUAGUUUUUCAUUCAUGUAUGUACAUUUAAGAUGCAGAAAAGUGCCUAAAUGUUAUUAUUGUUGUCAUUCUUAUUUUGACUAUAUAGCUACAAUGUGUUGUGAAAUAAAUGA